AUUACAAGAAAUUUGUGCUCUAAUGGCGAAAAAGUGCAUAAUCAAUUUUUCUUUGCCAACUAUACUAUUUACUUUCUUAUAUCUCCGUUAUCUCUCCCUCUCUGUUUCCGGCGACUCGCCGGCGCCCUACAAUCCCACCGAUUACAUACUUCUUAACUGUGGUUCCUCUGAAAACUUAUCUUCAUUGGGGGACGAACGCACGUGGGUCAGCGACGUUCAAUCCAAAUUCUUCCCUUCCGAUUACAAUCACAAUGGCGCAUCAGUCAUUUCACGAGCCGAGACGCAAUCCUCUUCGGUCAGCGACGUCCCUUACUCAACAGCACGCCUCUCCCGCUCCGAAUUCACCUACUCUUUUCCGCUGGGUCCUGGCUCGAAAUUCGUUCGCCUUUACUUCUACUCUGCUUUCUACUCUGACUUCGACCGUUUCAAAGCUGUUUUCUCUGUCAAAACUUCUCUCUACACCCUCCUUUCUAAUUUCAAUGCUUCCGCUAAUGGCGAUGAUCCUAAUUCCGGCACUAUCACUCGCGAGUUCUGUGUUUACGCAGAUGGAAAUGAUGAAAUGCUUAACAUUACAUUCUCUCCGGCGAAUCCAGACUCUUAUGCUUUUAUCAAUGGGAUUGAAAUUGUGUCCAUGCCCGACAAUCUUUUUUAUACACCAUUGAAACCCAACUACCAAGGUAGCCGAGGAUUGAAGCACAUCGGUGAGAGUAUCAAGUUCUCACUAAUUGAUAACUACAUGUCUCAAGUGGUUUUUAGGGAGAAUAUUGGUGGAAGGGUCAUCUUCCCAACAGAAGACACUGGAAUGUUUCGGACUUGGACAGAGGAAAGUAAUUUGUUGGAUGGAUAUCUAUACGAUGCUCGAGCUGCUAACUUAUCUAUCCAACUUAAUUAUAGUAAAAUACCGCCAUAUACAGCGCCGGGAGAUGUCUAUCGCACUGCUCGAACAAUGGGACCAAAUGCUACGCUUAACAAGAGCUACAACCUCACAUGGGCGUACCCUGUAGAUCCUGGGUUCUAUUACAUACUUCGACUUCAUUUCUGUGAGUUUGAGGAUGGAGUCGCCGACCCAGGUGACAGAGUGUUCUUGAUUCACAUCGCAGACAUGAUGGCCGAGGAGUCCGCGGAUGUGAUUCAGUGGGCUGGUGGAAGAGGAAUUCCAUAUCGAAAGGAUUACAUUUUGCUUAUGCCUAAUAGCGACGAACAGGGGAAGGUAAAUCUCUCUGUGAAGCUCCAAGCAAAUCCAGAUGAUAGUAAGACUAGAUUCACCAAUGUCAUCUUGAAUGCUAUUGAAAUCUUCAAAUUAACCGAUUCCCCCAUCCCAAGCAAUCUUCCUCAAUGGCCAAUCUCGCAGUCGAAGAGUUCAAAAAUUAAAACAAUAGCCAUUGUAGUGCCGCUUGUGGUUGUCAUCUUAGUUUUGGGUUUCUUUGUAUUUUGGCGCUGCAAAAAAUUUAAAGAUCAAAGCUCCGAUUCUGAUGGAACUUCCCAAUUGUCGAGGAACAGAAUCAAGACUCGCACCUCAAAACUUCCAUCUGAAUUAUGUCGUUACUUCUCGCUUGCACAGAUGAGAGUGGCCACCAACAAUUUUGACGACAUUUUCAUCGUCGGCAUCGGCGGUUUCGGCAAUGUGUAUAAAGGGUAUAUAGAUGAUGGAGCCACCCAAGUUGCUAUCAAACGGUUGAAGGCAGGAUCAAAACAGGGAGCUCAGGAGUUUAGAACAGAGAUCGAGAUGCUUUCGCAACUCCGUCAUCUCCAUCUUGUUUCCCUGAUCGGGUACUGUAACGAAGACAAUGAAAUGAUUCUAGUUUACGAUUACAUGUCAUAUGGAACCCUCCAAAGUCAUCUUUAUGGCAACAAUAUUGAUGAACGACAACCUCUCUCGUGGAAGCAACGCCUCCAAAUCUGUAUUGGAGCAGCAAAAGGGUUGCAAUACCUACAUACGGGUGCCAAGCAUACCAUCAUCCACCGUGAUGUUAAAACCACUAAUAUCUUACUAGAUGAUAAAUGGGUUGUAAGAGUUUCUGAUUUUGGAUUAUCGAAAGUUGGGGCCACCACCAUAUUCAAAGAUUAUGUCACCACAAUGGUAAAAGGUAGCUUUGGUUAUCUGGACCCAGAGUACUGUCGACGCCUCCAAUUGUCUGAAAAAUCAGAUGUAUAUUCGUUUGGGGUAGUUCUGUGUGAAGUAUUGUGUGCUCGUCCUCCACUGAUAUGCACUGCUGACAAAAUGCAUAUUUUAUUAGCUGAAUGGGUCAAACGAAACGUUCGCGAAAAGACUAUUACUCAAAUCAUUGACCCAAAAAUCAAAGAUGAAAUUAGAUUUGAAUGCUUUAGAAAAUUCAUUCAAAUUGUGGUGAGUUGCAUUGAAGAAGAGGGAGUCAAAAGACCAUCAAUGAACGAUGUGAUGCGAGGCCUAGAGUUUGCAUCCCAAUUACAAGAGAGUUCGAACGAUGAAAAUGUUGAGCUUAGUGGCCUCGACAAUGUUGAUGAUUGGCUCUUUGGAGGAGGGAUGUCGAGUAACAAUAUUCAAAUGAGCACAACCAGCAACAACAAUUCAAGUUUUGUGUAUAAUAAAGGAAUGUCGGGGAUCGUUUUCUCUCAACUUAAGGACUUGGAAGGAAGAUAGAUUCUUAUAUUUCAAAAUGUUAUACAUAUUGAAACACACAUAUAUGUAUAUGCCACGAUCAGUAUCUUUCCCUUCAAGUUAUGAUAUAUUAAUUUAACAUAAAAG